AUGACUGAAGAAGUCAAACCACCAAAACCAAAACCACCACCAAAAAAGGGGUUUUCAAACCCAGCUCUUCGAAUGAUGGGUAUACCCAGAAUUUCAUUACCAUCAAGAAAUUGGAUGAUUUUUUGGUCAGUUUUAAUUGGGAUUGGAUCAUCAAUAGCUUAUGAUAAAUAUGAACAAAAACAAAUUAGAGCUAAAUGGAUGUCAGAAGUAUCAAAAUUAGGAGAAGAAAUUUAUUCAAAUGAUAAAAUUCCAAGAAAAUUAACCAUAUAUAUUGCACCACCACCAAAUGAUUUUUUAGAUCAAAGUUUAAAAAUAUUUAGAAAAUUUAUAAAACCAAUUUUAAAUUCAGGAUCUAUUGAUUAUGAAAUAUUUAGUGAAGAUAGACAAGGAGAUAUAAGAUCAAGUGUUGCACAAAGGAUUAGGGAUUUAAGAAUAAAAGAACUAGAGAAAAAUCAAUCACAGAAACCUAUUGAACAAGUAGAGGAACAACCGGAAUACAUAAGUCGUUCUAAAUUAUGGAAUCCAGUUGACUUAUUGGGUCUUUAUAAAGUUAUACCGAAGGAUAUGAAUGUACAGUCAGAUGAUUCAAAUGAAGAUAUAGCCGGUGGUGUAGUAUGUAUUGGAAGAGGAGCUUAUAAAGAAUAUUUAAGUGGAUUACAUGAAGGUUUAUUAGGUCCUUUACAAAAACCAAAAGAAAUAGAGGACGAAGAAAAUAAAAGAGCUGAACAAAAACAAAAAGAUAAAGAAGCAAAUCCAGAUAUGGAAGAUGAAGAUGAUGAUCGUAAUUUAAAACCAGUACCAUUAAAAUAUAUAAGUACAAAAGAUUAUGAAUUAGCACCAUUAGCUCCAGAAUUUAAUAUGAAUACUAUACAAAGGGAUGAAAAGGGAGUACCUUAUUUUUUUGAACAACCAAUUUAUGUUUUCCCAGUUCCAGCAAUUCAAGGUUUUACAAAUAUUCCUCGAAAAAUCUAUCGUUAUUUCACAAAAAGAUUUUUUGCAGAAGAUUAUAGUGAAAGAACAAGUCAUAUUGUAAAUAAAGAAACUAGACCAUUUGUAUAUAAAGAUGUUUUAAUGGGGAAAGAAGAAGAAAUAGAUUGGCCUAAGAAAUGGGUUAAAAAGGGUAAUGAAAGAGGAUCUGAAUGGGUACAAGAUUUAGGUUAUGAUGAUAGAGUAAUUUCUAGAUUAAGAGUAUUUGAUGAUAAAAAAUAA